UUUUUAAUUUAUAUGAGUGAAAGAAAAAAAUAAGAGAGAAAGAUAGUGGAACGCCGACCUGGUAAUUCGGACACGGUUCCUUUUUCAUUAAAAUUUCAUUCUCAAUCAAAUGUCCUUUCUUCUUCUAUCAUUUCAUCUUCUUCUUAAUUACUAUUAGUUAAUUGCGAUGGAUUCGAGUACAACCCAGGAAUUCGAUUACUUGUUCAAAUUAUUGAUGAUUGGUGACUCCGGAGUUGGCAAGAGUAGUCUCCUCCUCUGUUUCACCUCUGAUUCUUUCGAAGAUCUUUCUCCUACAAUUGGUGUUGAUUUUAAGGUUAAAUAUGUUACUAUUGGUGAUAAGAAGUUGAAGCUUGCAAUCUGGGAUACAGCUGGUCAAGAGAGAUUCAGAACACUUACGAGUUCUUAUUACCGAGGUGCACAAGGGAUCAUUAUGGCUUACGAUGUUACUCGACGAGAUACAUUUACAAAUCUCUCUGAAGUCUGGGCUAAGGAAAUAGACCUUUAUUCAACAAAUCAGGACUGCAUCAAGAUGCUUGUUGGAAAUAAAGUGGAUAAGGAGAGUGAUAGAGUUGUGACAAAGAAAGAGGGAGUAGACUUUGCAAGAGAAUAUGGUUGUCUAUUUAUUGAAUGCAGUGCUAAAACUCGAGUUAACGUACAACAGUGCUUUGAAGAGCUUGUUUUGAAGAUUUUAGACACACCGAGCCUCAUAGCAGAGGGUUCGAAAGGGGUCAAAAAGAACAUUUUUAAGGACAAGGAACUCCAGUCUGAUGGAGCCACAAGUGGUUGUUGCUAAAGAAGAUGCUAUUUAACUCAAACUCAAGAUUCACACUGCCUAUGAAGAUCUCAAAGAAAAGGGAAUCAGAGUUCUAAUACACACUUUUUGGUUAUUUAGCAGCAGCUGAAGUCUUAAAACAACAGAGAAUCCAGGCUCCUAUUUUUUCUGGAAUAUUUGUAAUAUAAUGAUCAUGCUUCUUUUUAUUUAUUUAGAUUUUAUUUUUGUUAUUUGCAUUUAACAUAUUGACGUUGAAGAAUCUUGAUAUAUCAUGGUAUGGAACCCAACUUUAAUUGUAUACAACUAAAGAACAAAGGGAGAAACUGGAUUUCCUGCUUUUACUGCAAGAUGAGGUAAGGGGCGUGAACCCGUCUGAUCUUGAAGUUUGAACCGUUCGAUCACAGAUCUACAGUCAAUAUUAGAUACAACGUGAUAUUGUAUGGAAAUGCUACUCGAGUGAAUUUUGACAUAUUUGGUUCAUCUAAGAUAAAAUUGAUUUUUGUCUUUUAA